AUGCCCUUGAUGAUGGACGAUAGUAUCAAUGUCGGCGAUCUAUUCGGGGAACCCACCUCCCUUGAGCUGGGCCUGCCACCAUCGGCUUCCCCUGCCAGAGGCCUUGCCCAGCGUCUGGAUGAGAUGCGACUGCUUGGCUGUUGCCAGAAGAUUGCAUGGUCCAAAUUGGGAUGUAUUGCUUACAUUUCACAAGACUCCCUAAGAGUGAAGGUCCGCCAUCUGCAAUGUCGACCGUCAGAUGGCAAGUGGGUGCUCAGCGAUGAGACUCCCUUGAUGCCAAUUACUGAAGCCCACGGCGGGCAUGCUCUCACUCACCUGAGUUGGAACGAAGCUGGCUCCGAUCUGGCCGUGGUCGAUGUGACUGGACGUGUCUCCGUCUAUCACAUCCCUUUCGCCCUCAACAGUGUCAAUGGCCUUCGACAGCCGGCUUUUUCUCCCGAUGACGGGUCUCAAAUUGUUGGCAUGAUGUGGCUGAACACACAAAGAUCUGUGCAUGCAUUCUAUCAAGCAGCCAAAGUACAGGGGCGCUGGGCUUACUCGCCGUUCCGUCGCCGCCCAAUAGGACCAUUUCACCCUGCAAAUAAAGCGGCACUGCUAUGCAUCACACGCUCUGGGUCCAUGAAGCUCUUGUACCAGAACCCGGACGGCAGAUGGGAUGACAUCUCUGUGGAUUUGAAGAGCACAAGCUACUCAGAUCGGUUGCUGUCACAUGCUGCUCUGGUCGCAACUCAGAACGGCAUUCUUGUCGCUACCUACUCGAUCAACUGGAACCCUCCUCAAUGGGACCCUGCACAGCAGCCAAAGCAGACGCCACCCCAAUUCCCAGUUCCUAGCUUCCGAUUCACGCACUCCAAGGUGGAGACGUCCUGUACUGUGCCUGGGAUGCAUCGGAAUGACGGAGAAGAACCAGACAUGAUGCACCAGUCGAUCUCGAAUCCAUUAUAUACUCUCAGUCGCCUGGAUAUAAUUCUCCCAGCCUCCGAUAACGCUGCUGGAACCACAGCGAACCCAUGGAUUGUUGCGGUUUUCUCGACACCACCCCAAGCUACUCCGGAUCAUCCUGGCCCGCAAGGACCGGCAAGUGUAAUUGUACGAUGGCAACUGGACACUGCUGCUUUCACCCUCCACCCCAAGUUUGAUGAAAUGGCUGCAAAACGAAACAGUACUCAGAUAAAGCCUAGGCCUGUGCUGCGUCGACUGGAAGACAUCUAUUCUGACCGAUAUGUCAUAUCCGUGGACCAAAUCGAGUACGGCAAUGUGGUUGCCAUCACUUACGAUGAUAGCUCCGUGUCUUUCUAUGACCCGAAAACCAUGGCAUUGUUCAAUGGUGUUGAUGAUGCGAAUACGGUGACGGGCCUAGCUCAAGCAGGGUUUCACUAUGCUCCAGACGCCUCAGGUUGUCAAGGUCAACAUGUCUCUUUCUCACCGAGCGCAUGCGCUGCAGUCAUGCUAGAUAGUGACGGCCAGACGCACCUCAGGGUUAUGGAGCAUUCUUACGGUGCCGAAAACGGUCUUUACGAUGAAAAUGCUCAAAUCACAUUCAUCAAUGAAGUUUACCGCGCACUGCCGAUUAACUGCAAUUUCACAGUGGAGCAGGAAAAGCUGAUGAACCACCCCUACAUCCCCAAGUGCCUCAGUAUACAAGCUGCCUUGGGAUUUGCCGAUAAGUACAAGCCACGAAGUUUUGCUUCUUCUGUCUCUUGGUCGAUUCUUCAGCUUCGCCACGCCGCCAUUUUAUACCCAUUUUUCUUUCAGUACAACAAAGGGAUUCAGGCAGAGCCACAUGAUCCUGUGAAAACCACAAAUUCACUAGCUCUCAUCAUUCUCCUCUCAAGCAUGUCCCGUGCCUUCUUGCGCUUUAUUUGCCGUGGCCUGCGUGGCAUCCACGCGGGCUACACCAACGCAUCUCUAGGCGGGGACUCACGUCUACAGUACGCAGAAAUUUGCCAAGCUUUAGAUGCCACACCUGCACGCAUCGACGUAUACGAAAAGUUCCUUUCGGCUGUCGAUUCAGCCGUACGACACGCCUAUCAUGGUGCAGGUUUUGGUGACACUGAACGUCCGGGGCCAGAAAAGGAAUUACUCGUCAACGCCCGCAUUCCCCCUGUUCUCGUUGCAGCUGUCUCAACAAUCCUGAGACAAACAGUACCGGGACUCAAGUCCGAGGUCGACCGCAUGGCCAUCUAUAUGCACGACUACUCGUGGCUUGGGUUCGGGUCCGACCUGCGCUCGGAGUUAUAUCGGCGCACACGAGAAGUGGAUAUCAUCAAGAAAACGCCUAUCCGGAUGACGAUCGCACAAGGCUCGAAUGGACCCCAGCUUGGGAAACCGAACAAUCAGGGAGUGCUUCGACGGCGAUGCGUCCGCUGCUGCGACGUAUCUGAGGGGACUUAUCCGCCACGCUCAGUCCUUGCCUUCCGCAUGAUAUUCAAGCUGGGUCAUCUACGAUCGUGCAUUUGUGGAGGAAUGUGGACUCUCGAGUCGGGCUUGAACGAGGUGGGGAAGUAA